GUAUCGCUGGGUACUGCACAUCCCUAAUUCGCACAACAUAAAUAAAUUACAGAAAAAUUUAAUUAACUGGUGACUGCAAAUAUUUUGCCAAAAUGGAGCCGCAGAUUUGUCGCCUCUGCUUGCGUGGCUGUACCUCACAAAUGUGUCUACAAAUAUUUGGCAGCGGCGACGUACCUAAUGUAGCAGAAGUUUUACGACAGCACUUUUGGUUCGAGGUUUUACCCGAUGAUGUCGUAUCCAAAGUAGUAUGCAGUGUCUGCUGGACGCAGGUAUCAGAAUUCCAUCAGUUCUAUGUGUCCAUACAAGAGGCUCAGCUGAUAUACGCCACCACGCCCACAUUUAAGCAAGAUCCGGAUCCAGAUACACUGAGCACUUCUUGGCCAGAGGAGGUCAUGUUGCCUGCUGAUCAACUAACUGUUGAUGUAGACGCACAGCUUAAUGUGAAUCCAUUAGAUGGGCCAGAACAGGAGCAAGAACAGGAUGAGCAGCCAGCAGAGACUAAAGUUAACAUUAAAUCGGAGCGACUUACACCUGAACUUGACGCCAGUGCUGAUGAGCAGAGUGAGGAGGAGUCAGACGAUGGAGAACUUAUAGUAACACGUAGUGGACGCAAACGCAAGCGGGAGGUGGACGCCACUAGCAAACUGAAAGCGGAUAAAGUAAAGAAAACAGCACAGACCAAAGGAAAACGUGGACCAAUAGGCAGACGAUUGUUUAAGAAGCAGCAGUGGCCACCAUUUUGUAAAGAGGACGAGGAACUAAUUAAACGCUUUAUUGUCAUGGGGUGCGAGUUGUGCAUCUUUCUGGCAGAUGACUUUGAUGGCAUUCGUGAUCACUUCAAGGAAUAUCAUCCCAACGAGCGACCUUACAUUAAAUGUUGCGGUCGUAAACUAAACAAACGCUGCCUGAUAGUAGAGCACGCCAGAAAGCACGAAAAUCCUGACUAUAUUAAAUGCAAUGACUGCGGAAAAGUGUUCUCCAAUUCAAGCGUGCUGCGUGCCCAUUACCUGGUUCAUCACGUGCCUGAUGAGGAGUGCGAUUUUCAGUGUGAUGAGUGUGGAAAGCGCUUCUCGCGCCGCAAUCUCUUAGAGCUGCACAAGGGAUCACAUGUGCCCGCCAACGAGCGCAAGUACAUUUGCCCCGAGUGUCCAAAGCACAAUGCCUUUGCCACAGAGUACCAUAUGCAGGUGCAUAUAAGCAUGCAGCAUCGCAAGGCUGCCAAUGUGUGCCAUGUCUGCGGCAAAGAGAUCAAAGAUAAGGCUGUCUUUGAGAAGCAUGUGCGCCUGCAUUUUGAAGAUAGUGGACCGCGCAUCAAGUGUCCGCGUGAUGAUUGCGAGAGCUGGCUCAAGGACGAGGACAAUCUAAAGCAGCAUCUGCGACGCCAUAACGAUGAGGGCAAACUUUUUAUUUGCUCCGAGUGUGGUAAGAGCUGCAAAAACUCGCGUGCUUUAAUUGGCCACAAGCGCUAUUCACACUCGAAUACAAUCUAUACCUGCGAACAGUGCGGCAAGACUUUCAAAAAAGACAUAAGCCUAAAGGAGCACAUGGCGCAGCAUACAGGUGAACCGCUGUAUAAAUGCCCAUUCUGUCCGCGCACUUUCAAUUCGAACGCCAAUAUGCAUUCGCAUAAGAAACGGAUGCAUCCCAAUGAAUGGGAUCACUGGCGAAAAACCAAAACGGGCAGCGCACAAAAGAUCUUACCUAGUGCCCAAGUUGCGCAAAUGUUCAGAGACGAUACUAUGUCGGCGGCCAUUGCAAAUAGCUUGAAUGUAAACUAAAAAAAAAAAACUACUUUGUUUCCUAUAACUUUCCCUGUGUAUUGUUUAUUUGUUUUUUUCUUAAGGAUAAAUAUACCAGAUCGUUUAAAAA